CUCUUUGGCCCCUUUAAAGCCUUGACAUCAAGAGGCGGCUCCGGUACCCCCCUUUCUCUGCCCCCCCUCGGCCGCCCGCCCCCGAGAUGCAGCCAUGGACCCUGUGGACCAGGCCUGCGGAGCUCAGCACCUGAUUUCGGUGAAGCGACGAGUCUGGCUGCCAGAGUGAAGGAGCCAGCCCGGUGAGGGACAGAGACCGACCGGGCCUGACACCCAAGGCCAUGGACCAGCCGGCCGGAGGCACUGGAAACCUGAGGCCAGUGGCUGGCGACAGUAGCAGCAUGGAGCUCAGCACCUGCCAGGAACUUCUGCACCGACUCCGGGAGCUGGAGGCAGAGAAUUCAGCGCUUGCCCAGGCCAAUGAGAGCCAGCGGGAAACUUACGAGCGCUGCCUGGAUGAGGUUGCCAACCAUGUGGUGCAGGCACUGCUGAACCAGAAGGACCUGCGGGAGGAGUGUAUCAAGCUGAAGAAGAGGGUGUUUGACCUGGAGCGGCAGAAUCAGAUGCUGAGCGCAUUGCUGCAGCAGAAGCUGCAGCUCACGACCGGCUCUCUCCCUCAGAUCCCACUUACCCCACUCCAGCCGCCAUCAGAACCAGCAGCCUCGCCGUCCCCUAACGCUGCUGAGGGACCAGCCACCUCACUGCCUUUAGGACACUGUGCUGGACAAAGAGAGGUGUGUUGGGAGCAGCAGUUGCGGCCAGGAGGCCCAGGCCCCCCACCCACUCCACCCCCAGCGCUGGAUGCCCUGUCCCCAUUUCUUCGGAAGAAAGCUCGGAUUUUAGAGGUGCUGCGAGCCUUGGAAGAGACUGACCCUUUGCUUCUGUGUUCAUCCGCCACCCCCCGGCAGCCCACAGGCCAGGGCCCUGGCUCCCCGGAGCCCAUCAACGGCGAGCUCUGUGGUCCACCACAGUCUGAACCCUCACCCUGGGCACCCUACCUGCUGCUCGGCCCUGGGAGCCUGGGAGCACUGCUGCACUGGGAGCAUCUGUUAGGCUCUGGGGAAGAAGGCAUCAGACAACCCUGGGCUCCUGGCAGGGCCCCACCAGCAGCCCAGGGCCCCUGCUCUGCCUCACACUGUGCUCCGGGCAGCAGCUCCUCGUCUUCUUCUGAUGAAGCAGGUGACCCCAACGAGGCCCCCAGCCCCGACACCCUGCUAGGUGCCCUGACCCGCAAACAGUUAAACCUGGGCCAACUCCUUGAGGACACAGAGACUUACCUCCAGGCUUUCCUGGCUGGGGCUACAGGCCCUCUCAAUGGCGACCACCCAGGUUCUGGGAAGCCAUCUUCACCAGACCCAGGACCCCCACAGGUAUCCAAGUCCAAAGGCCUCCCAAAGUCAGCUUGGGGUGGGAGCACCUCAGAGGCCACCAGGCUGGGCUUUGGUGCUACCUCAGAGGGCCAGGGGCCCCUUCCGUUCCUCAGCAUGUUCGUGGGUGCAGGGGAUGCCCCACUGGGCUCACGGCCUGGCCAUCUCCCCUCUUCAUCUCAGGUGAAAAGCAAGCUCCAAAUUGGGCCCCCUUCUCCCGGGGAAGCCCAGGGACCCCUUCUGCCCUCUCCAGCCAGAGGUCUCAAGUUUCUCAAGCUGCCUCCACCCUCAGAGAAGGUCCCCAGCCCAGGAGGUCCCCAACUCAGCCCCCAGCUUCCCCGGAGUUCUCGAAUUCCUUGUCGAAACAGUGGCUCAGAUGGUAGCCCCUCCCCGCUGCUGGCCCGCAGGGGUCUCGGUGGAGGAGAGCUGUCCCCAGACGGGGCACAGGGCCUGCCUGGCAGCCCUUCACCCUGUUCUGCAAUACCAGACUCUGUGCAGCUCAGACCCUCCCAGUCAGCCAUGUCCACUGCAUUUUCUCCAGGACCAGUAGUGUCUCCCUGCCUUGAGAGCAUCCUGGACCUUUCCCGGAGCACCUUUAGGGGCUCUUCCCCAGAAUCACCUCCAUCCCCGCUGCAGGUACCCACCUACUCACAACUGACUCUGGAGGUACCCCAGACCCCUGAGGUCCUUAGGAGCCCUGGGGCCCCCAGCCCUGGCCUCCCAGAGUCCUGCCCCUAUGGGAGUUCCCAGGAGAAGAGUCUGGACAAGGCAGGGGCGGAGUCUCCUCAUCCCAGCCGCAGGACCCCAAGCAGCUCAUCCAAGAAGCCUGGCCAGGCAUCAGGGCGGCGACCUGGUGAUCCUAGCCACACACCUCUUCGGGACAGAUUGGCAGCCCUUGGGAAAUUAAAGACAGGCCCCGAGGGGCCUCUGGGUCCAGAAAGGAACGGAACGCCAGUCCGGCCUAGUACUGAGAAGGCCAGGGCACUAGGGCGGUCAGGUGAGAGUACUGGAGACUUGCCUCCAGCCACGAGGCCUCUCGAACAGCCGGAAGCUAAGGGCAUCUUGCGGGGAGCAGUGGCCUUAGGCACAAGCAGCCUGAAGCAGCAAGAACCGGGACUUACGGAAGCUGGUGCCAGAGUCUACUCCUCCCACUCCAUGGGAGCGCGAGUGGAUCUGGACCCCGUCUCACCGAGGAGCUGCCUCACCAAAGUAGAGCUGGCCAAGAGCCGGCUAGCGGGGGCCCUGUGUCCCCAGGUGCCACGCACGCCUGUAAAAGUGCCAACCUCAGCCCCUAGCCUGGGCAAGCCCAAGAGCCCUCACAGCAGCCCAACCAAGUUACCCUCCAAGUCACCCACCAAGGUAGUUCCCCGCCCUGUGGCACCAGUAGGCACCAAGGAGCCCUCCAAGCCAGACAAAGGGAAGGGCCCUCCUUGGGCGGAUUGCGGCAGCACGGUUGGCCAGCCUACAUCCCCAGUACCCGGCCCCGCCGAUCCGAGCCAGGGCUCAGAAGGGCCAGCCCCGCACUCGGCCAUCGAGGAGAAGGUGAUGAAGGGCAUCGAGGAAAACGUGUUGCGCCUUCAAGGUCAGGAACGGGCUCCAGGCUCCGAACCCAAACACCGCAACACCAGCAGCAUUGCCAGCUGGUUCGGCCUUAAAAAGAGCAAGCUGCCGGCACUGAACCGCCGUGCAGAGGCUACAAAGAACAAGGAAGGGGCUGGUGGGGGCUCCCCGCUCCGGAAAGAAGUCAAGACUGAAGCCCGGAAGCUGGAGACUGAGAGCCUCAACAUCUCCAAGCUGAUGGCGAAGGCGGAAGACCUACGUCGGGCACUGGAGGAAGAGAAGGCUUACCUGAGCAGCAGAGCCCGCCCACGGCCUGGGGGCCCUGCCACGGUGCCCAACCAAGGCCUGGGGCAGAUGCAAAGCCAGCUGGCCGGCAUGUAUCAGGGCGCAGACAGCUUCAUGCAGCAGCUGUUAAACAGGGUGGAUGGCAAAGAGCUGCCCACCAAGAGCUGGCGGGAGCCCAAGCCUGAGUAUGGGGAUUUCCAACCAGUAUCCGCUGACCCCAAGAGCCCCUGGUCUGCCUGUGGGCCCCGGAACGGUCUGGUAGGCCCACUUCAGGGCUGCGGCAAACCGUCUGGAAAGCCCAGCAGUGAGCCAGGCAGGCGGGACGAGAUGCCUCCGGAGGACAGUAUGGCCGAGCCAGUGUCCACCACACACUUCACAGCCUGCGGCUCCUUAACUCGGACCUUGGACAGUGGCAUCGGGACCUUCCCGCCCCCAGAUCAUAGCAGCAGCGGAACCCCCAGCAAGAAUCUCCCCAAGACCAAGUCGCUGCGUCUGGAGCCCCCGCCAGCUCGGCCCCCAGCCCUCACCAAAGUCCCUCGCCGUGCCCACACACUGGAGCGGGAGGUGCCAGGUAUAGAAGAGCUGCUGGUGACUGGGAGGCACCCCAGCGUGCCAGCCUUCCCUGGACUGCUCACUGCUCCUCCCGGCCACCGGAGCCAUCAGACCUGCCCUGAUGAUCCCUGUGAAGACCCAGGCCCUCCACCACCUGUCCCACUGGCCAAGAACUGGACCUUCCCGAACACCAGAGCAGCUGGUAGCUGCAGUGACCCCUUCCUGUGCCCACCCCGACAACUGGAGGGACUGCCUAGGGCCCCCUUGGCCCUGCCUGUGGACCGGAAGCAGAGCCUGGAUCCCAGCCGCACAUCAAUGCCUCAGGGCCCAGCAUUUGGGGGCAGUCGUACCCCCAGCACAUCAGACAUGGGCGAGGAAGGCAGAGUGGCCAGUGGGGGCGCUCCGGGGCUGGAGACCUCAGAGUCCUUAAGUGACUCACUCUACGACUCGCUAUCCUCCUGUGGGAGUCAGGGCUGAGAAACUGCAGCCACCACAGUUCCUCUGGAGCUAGGGACCCCAGACCGGGCCUGCUUUCAUGCUCCAUGCCUCGGAGCCAGUGACGCUUAUCUGAAGGGACCAAGGAGAAGGUGGAUAAGAUGACGGGGGUCCCUGGCAUAUCCCACCGCUGCUGUGGCUGAAACAACCAUGCUCCGCUCAGGGAGAGACCUCACCCCUGCUCCCUUGACUCGCCCAGAGUAAGGCUCUUCUCUAAGGGACUGGGGGCUCCAGGCUGCUUUGUCCCAGCUCCCACUUCAGGCUGAGCCAUCUUGUGGUGCUGGGCCAGCCGUGCCCGCCACUGCCCACCUCUGCCCAACCUGGCUGCAACCUUGCCCCGAAGCCCCCAUGGGGCUGAUUUUGGAAGCCCCAAGCUUACAGAGUUUGGGAGUGAGGGGGACAAAUUGCCUUCUCUGCCCUGGUCCUCCCUGCUGUCUGAAUGGUGCUGCCCCCUCUCCCCACAUCUUGGGGUCUGUUUGUCUGUCUUCAUCUGUCCCAGUCCCCACGCCCGACCCGCACUGCAGUUAAUUUAUCUGUUGUUGAAAAGCGGCUGCUCUGCUUCUGCAGCAUCCCUAAUAAAGCGUGGAGGCCUCUCCCCACCACCGUGA